AUGGCGGACCUCAUCCGCGACGCGCCUGUCGGGCAACUCAUUCGCUUGAUGACGAAGAACCGGUAUCUGCAAUAUGCCGAAGAGAAGGCUGACUUUACAAUGCCGACGAGAUGGAGCCGGAAGUCGUCUCAGGGCUUCGACUCUGCACUCUCGUCGCCGAUACGUCGACCGUCUUCAGCGCGAAUGGGCGACGGAUUCGACAGCCCUGUUGAGCUGCGCGGCUUCGAAGCGGCUCUCAACAUGAGCGGGCUAGAUUCUGACAGACGACCGAUAUCUUACACGCCUUCCACGCGACAUCUUGCUGCCGAUGGCUCUAUUACUGUUGACUGGUACGAGAUUAACGAUGCGGACAACCCGCAGAAUUGGUCUGAUGGGAAACGAGCGGUCGUGACGCUCAUCAUUUGCCUCUAUACAUUUGUCGUCUACACAUCCUCCGCCAUUUACACGUCUUCCACUCAAGGGGUCAUGGAGGAGUUCAAAGUCAGCCAGUUGGAGGCCACGCUGGGGCUGUCGCUCUACGUCCUAGGCUACGGCGUCGGUCCCCUUCUCUUCUCGCCCCUGAGCGAGAUACCGUCGAUUGGUCGGAAUCCGGUCUACUUCCUCACCAUGACUUGCUUCGUUCUCAUCUCGGUACCGACAGCAUUUGCACCGACCUUCCCGAGUCUCCUUGUUUUCCGUUUCCUACAGGGCUUCUUCGGCUCGCCAUGCCUCGCAUCGGGUGGAGCGUCACUUGGCGACAUGUACAGCAUCGCAACGUUGCCCUACGCCAUGCUUGCCUGGGUAUCUGCAUCAUACUGCGGUCCUGCCUUGGGCCCCCUCUUGAGCGGAUUCUCCGUGCCCGCGAUGAACUGGCGAUGGUCGCUAUACGAAUCCAUCUGGGCCUCGGUUCCAGUUUUGUUGCUGAUGCUCUUAUUCCUGCCGGAGACGAGCAGCGAGACCAUCUUGCUGCGGAGAGCGCGACGACUCUCAGACCUGACGACCGAUCGGUUCGUCACGGCUGGCGAAGUCGAAAAAUCCAACAUCACGGCGGCCGCCAUUCUGCUCGAUGCCCUGAUCAAGCCGAUCGAGAUCACAUUCAAGGAUCCGGCCGUAUUGUUCGUACAAAUCUACACGUCCAUCAUCUACGGCAUCUACUACUCCUUCUUUGAAGUGUUUCCUCUCGUGUAUCCCGUGUACUACGGAAUGAACAUGGGUCAGCUCGGCCUUGUAUUUCUAUGCAUUCUCGUCGCCUGCAUCCUGGGUGUCGUAGGCUACGUUGGUUGCAUCUGGUACAUGGGUCGUCGAGGCUUCGCCGACGCGGAGAAGCGACUUCUUCCAGCGCUGCCUUUCUCGUUCGGUCCCACCAUUGGCCUCUUCGUCUUUGCUUGGACAGCCCGGGCCUCGAUACACUGGAUCGUUCCCACCAUGGGCAUCGCCAUAUACGGAUCGAGCGUUUUCAUCGUCUUCCAGUGCCUCUUCAUCUACAUUCCCCUGAGUUAUCCGCAGUACGCCGCCAGCCUGUUCGCCGCCAACGACUUUUUCCGAAGCGCGCUGGCCUGCGGAAGCGUCCUGGUCGCACACCCGCUUUUUGCCCGCCUUGGUGUGGCCCGGGGGGUGAGCUUGCUCGGCGGCUUCAGCUUCAUGGGAAUUGCUGGCAUCUGGCUUCUGUAUUUUUACGGUGCAAAGAUGCGUUCUCUGAGCAAGUUUGCGACGUCAACUUGA